GAUAUGACGCUGGUUUGGCGCCCAGUUUGAGCGGCGGCGGCGCGCACCCGCCGCCCAUUCCCGCUCCGCGCUCCCGUUCCCGCCAUGUUCGUCUCUGACUGCCGCCGGGAGUUCUACGACCUGGUCGUCACCCAGCGUGUUCUUCUUCUUGUUGCUUCAGAUGUUGAUGCAUUAUGUGCUUGUAAAAUCCUCCAAGCUUUGUUUCAAUGCGACCAUGUGCAAUACACACUCGUGCCGGUGGCUGGGUGGCAAGAACUUGAAACUGCCUUUCUGGAGCAUAAAGAUCAGUUCAAAUAUUUUGUUCUUAUUAAUUGUGGUGCUAAUGUUGACCUCCUGGAAAUCUUGCAGCCUGAAGAAGACACUUUUUUUUUUGUUUGUGACAGUCACAGACCCAUCAAUGUAGUGAAUGUUUACAAUGACACACAGAUUAAGCUGUUAGUCAAGCAAGAUGAUGAUCUCAAUGUUCCUGCUUAUGAUGACAUCUUCAGAGAUGAUGAGGAUGAAGAAGAGGACUCAGAGAAUGAAAGUGAUGGCUCAGAACCCUUAGAGAAGCGCAGACGUUUUGAAGAGGAGGUAAUAGAGAGGACGAUGAAAAGACGACAAAGGCGAGAAUGGGAAGCACGCAGACGGGAAAUUCUUUUUGAUUAUGAACAAUAUGAAUACCAUGGGACCUCAUCUGCAAUGGUGAUGUUUGAUCUGGCAUGGAUAAUGUCUGAGGACUUGAAUGACAUGUUAUGGUGGGCUAUUGUUGGCCUAACAGAUCAAUGGGUCCAAGAUAAAAUCACUCAGAUGAAGUAUGUGACUGACAUUGGAAUCCUGCAGCGCCACGUGUCUCGCCACAACCACCGCAACGAGGAUGAAGAGAAUUCUCUGUCCAUUGACUGCAUGAGAAUUGCAUUUGAAUAUGACUUGCGCCUGGCACUGUACCAGCACUGGUCUCUCUACGAAAGUCUCUGUAACACCUCCUACACCUCUGCCAGCCUCAAGCUUUGGUCUGUACAAGGGCAGAAGAGGCUCCAGGAGUUUUUGGCUGACAUGGGUUUGCCCUUGAAGCAAGUGAAACAGAAAUUUAAUUCCAUGGACAUGUCUUUGAAAGAAAAUCUUCGGGAGAUGAUUGAAGAAUCUGCAAACAAAUUUGGAAUGAAAGAUUUACGAGUUCAGACUUUCAGCAUUCAUUUUGGCUUUAAGAACAAGUUCUCAGCAAGUGACAUAGUUUAUGCAACAACUUCUCUCAUGGAGAACAUAGAGAAAGAGGGGUCUGAAACAACUAAUUUCAUUAAGGCUUUGGACAGUCUCUCCAGGGGUAACCUGGACAAGCUGCACCAAGGACUGGACCUAGCCAAAAAACAAUUACGUGCCAUUCAGCAGACAGUGGCCAGCUGUAUUUGCACCAACCUUGUCAUUUCUCAGGGGCCAUUUCUCUACUGCUCCCUCAUGGAGGGCACACCAGAUGUGAAACUGUUUUCUAGACCGGUGUCUCUAUGUCUGCUUAGUAAAUACUUACUGAAAUCAUUCAUUUGCUCUACAAAAAACAAACGUUGCAAGCUGCUGCCCCUGGUCAUGGCUGCACCCCUGGAUGUUGAACAGGGAACUGUGAUCAUGGUGGGGAUUCCUCCAGAGACAGAAAGCUCGGACAAGAAGAACUUUUUUGGAAGAGCCUUCGAGAAGGCUGCAGAGAGCACCAACUCACGGACACUGCACAACCACUUCGAGAUGUCGAUAAUCGAAUUGAAAACUGAAGAUCGGAGCAAAUUUCUGGAUGCACUAAUUUCUCUCUUGUCCUAAAGUGGUGCCUUUUGGCUUCUUGUGCUGGAAGCUGAGGAUGAGACCCUCUGAAAUUAUUUUGGCUGUUCCAAAGUUCAUGGUGCUGCAGUUUUGAUGUAUCUUAGGUACCGGUACAGCCUGGACUGGUGUUUUUAUGCCUUUUGGGAGGUCGAAAGGAUUUUGAUCUCAGCACAAAGAUAUUGAACUCUUCUUUUUCUAAACAUCCCACCUUGGUAAUGGCAGAAGCUGUCACCUGGUAUUUGUACAUUGGAUUUCUAUUUAUCAAGCCUGCUUUUAUUAGUAGACAUACUCUUGCGAUAUUGAGUUGUUGACUGAUAACAAAAAAUAGGUUUUGAAGUUCCGUAUUUAUAUUAUCACUCAAAUGUGCUUUUAAAAUUGUCUAGAAUGCUUUUUAUUUUUUUAAUCAAACUGAAACUCCUUGAAGUUCUAGAAUGUUGAAGUUUGUUAGUGUUAUCAGAUUGAAGUCUUGUAGUUUAAUUGAAAGACUUGUUUUGUGAGAGGAGUUUUAAGAUUUUAGGGUUUUUAAAAUCCAAAUACUGAGUAACUGCCAAAUACCAAAUGAAAAAUCCAGGGAAUGCCAGUGUCAAUAAAGCCUUUUUGGUGUAAUGCAUUGUGAUACUGUAAUGUCACUUGCAGUUUGACUCUGGGAAUAAUUUUCCUGGAAGGAGGCUGAAGUACUAUGAUAAUUCUGUGUAGACUAGAACUCUAAAUAUUGACAGAUUACCUUAUCCUGUUCCAUAGCAGAUUUCAUUUUACUUUGGUCAUAUGAAAUGGCUUGUUGGCCUUAUUCUGCUGUGCCUUGGUGGCUGUGUACAUGUGGAAUGCUCUCCUACUUGAACUUUUUGCUUGAAUUCACUGUGACUUCAAUGUUUUCAUGUAUUAUUAUGAAUACAUAGAGGUUGUGUAUCAUUACAUCAUUCUUUGUACAUAUUUUAAUACAGAUUAAUUUAAUAUGAAAUGUGAUUUAAAUGUAGCCAACAGAAACCUAAUUAAACUAUCUAUUUUUAUUCAAAAAAA